GAAUUCAACGAAAGGGUUUAUUGUUCACGCAUAGAGCAAGAUAAUGAGGCAGACAAAAAAUUGAGAGAAUAAACAGAGAGCCACAACAAGGUAUUUGAACAAAAAGCGUAAGUAGACGUGAAUGGUCAUAGGGUCAUCGUAUCGUGAUAAAUCGAGCUUAACACAGUAUAUAUAAAUAUUUAGUUGGGGGCGGGGAGAUAGGUGAUUCAACAUAAGCAGAGGUCGACCGGCAAGAAAAUGAGUGUUAGGCUUGGGUAUCGCAAUUGAGAUGGAAAAAAAAUCGUGGAAGUCCAAACGCCCGACGAAGAGAAGCUGCGAAUGAAGACAAAGACCGAGAUCAAGAGAAAGACCGUUUCAAAGCUUGAAAAGGCUUGGAGAACCCAUAACAGCGAGACCGGCCAGCGAGCCCAAAAGAAAGCCAACUGUCAAGACCUGAGCUGUCGGCCAGCCGUACGCUUCAGCACGACCCGCAGGACGACAGCACAUACACCUAAUCCAACGAACAGCACAUACGAAGGUAACGCAGAGAACGAGUCGGGUUCAAAAAUAUCAGCCGCAGACGAGGUCGUGUCAGGUUGAGGGCGACGUCGCUUGUGUACACGCGAGACGACGCGAGAGAGCACCGCAGCAGGGCCAGGGACAGGUUUCGCUGAUUCUGCGGGGAAAGAUUGAGGCUCAGGUCGUAUUUCGGGUAAAUAGGCGGUGGCCAACGGGGAGGGGGAUGCAGCCAAUGCUUCGAGCUCCUGGGCCCGUUUCUCGACCUCGCGAAGCCGCGCGAGCUCUAGAUCCAGUUGCGCUUCGCGCUCCGCUCUCUCGACUUCUGCAACGACACUGUUCGCUUCUCUCUGUGCUGUCUCGAUCUUCCGUCGGGUCUCAAGCUCUCUCAGGGUCACCAACUCUGCGUCUCUCGUUGCCUCUCUUUCUUCCAUCUCCCGCACCUUGCUUUCCACCUCCUCCAAUCGACGUCUGAAUUCCUCCAAUAGGUCCCUGGUUUCUUUGACCUCUUGCACCAUCUCCUGGACCUUCGCAUUGCCGUCGUCAUCGUCAUCCCCAUUGGCAAGGUCUUCAAUCUUCACGUCUUCAUCUAACGCGUGUUCCUCCUGGCUCGUCUCUUCGAGCGCAGGCUCGAAUAUGGCAGUGAUAACUCUUCGUUCGUCCUUCGCACCACCUGCCUUGACCCUUUCACCACUGCCGCGCCCACUUCCACUUCCACUUCCACUGCCCUCCUUGUCUAAGCCUUCGGAGUUGCUGAGCCUCUUGACGGUCACGCCGAUGUCCAGGUCCUCCCAAGCACGUGCGCCCCACGAGCCCGAUGGCAGGUUCGAAUGCUCGGCGAGAAGAUCUUCAAUACUUGGCUCUUUCUCGCUCUUCAGCUCCGUAGCUGUCGGCGGCAGCGGCACAGCAUGCGUGGACGUGCUAGCAUCCACGCCGUCCGAAAGAUCGGGAAGUGUCCAUUUCCAGCGGAGAGGAUGA